CUGUGACUCCGAGGUCGGCGGCGGCUCCUCCAAGCAGCUCUACGGUACAGGAGAGAAAGAGCGCCCCAGUAACCCUCAACUGCCGCCGCCUCCUCCACGGUCGCUACCUCCACUCCUCCUAGCUUCACGAUCAAGGCACCAAUCUCCUUCCUCCCGUCCUUUCCCCACCCUCCCAGCUCUCUAACGCUCCCUCCCUUCCUGUUCUCCUCCCCAAAUUUUAUGCCUCCUCUCUCAAACUUAGCCAAACUUUCCCCAGCACCGCUGGGACGCACGGCUGUAUUUCUUAGGGAGGGGGGAGGAGAAGGAGGAGUCUUUUUUCUUCUCUCUCUGUUUGCUGCUCCCCAACCGAGCUUAAGCCACCAUCCCGAUUCUCCCUUCUCUCUCUACGCACACACCCACCCUCUCCAAUUAUGAUCAUUAUUGGCAGCGAUCGGUGUUCUCUAUCACCUUAAACUUUCUUUCCCUGCUGUUUGGAUCCUUUGGUUAAGAAGGAAACUUUUGUCUAUCCAUCGUUGGAGUUUCUUCGGGGAUUUUUGUGUGUGUGUGCUUUGCAUAAAAGCUUACUUUUUCGCGUUGGGGGCGGGGAAAGGAAGGGAUCCCAGUGAAGGAGGCGUAUUGGGGAGGAGAACCCAAAGACAUGUGAAACAGAACUGCAAGGAGAAACAGACUUAACCUCACACAAACCUACCUCAGUACAGAUGCCCUUUUUGGAGCCCUUCUUUCAGUUCCCCAUCUUGGGACACAAAGGAUUGCUGUAGGGAUCUGCCUUUGGCAUGGGCAGCUUUUCCCGAACCUGGAGGAGCGAUAUUCAACUCUCCCUUGUGAGAAGAUCUAAAGUGUGAGAAGGCAAAGGGACACUUUUCCUUUUGCCCAGCAGUCAUGCCUUUUGGGUUGAAAUUGCGAAGGACCAGGCGUUACAAUGUCCGGAGCAAAAACUGUUUCAUGAUUCGGAUUCGCUUAUUGAACAACAGCGUGAUUGAGUGCACACUCUCUGUGGAGAGUACUGGACAAGAAUGUCUGGAGGCCGUGGCUCAGCGGCUGGAAUUACGAGAGACACACUAUUUUGGCCUUUGGUUUCACAGCAAGAGCCAGCAAGUGCGAUGGGUGGAACUGGAGAAGCCUCUGAAGAAGCAGCUGGACAAGUUUGCCAACGAGCCUUUGCUUUUCUUUGGGGUCAUGUUCUAUGUGCCAAGCGUGGCCCGACUACAGCAAGAAGUCACAAGGUACCAGUAUUACCUACAGGUAAAAAAAGAUGUUCUCGAUGGACGAUUGCGAUCUUCAUGGGAACACGGGAUAAGAUUAGCCGCACUGGCGGUUCAAGCUGAUUUUGGAGACUACCAUCAAUUUGAAUCUCAUGAUUUUCUCCGGGAAUAUGUUUUGUUUCCUAUGGACUGGACCCAAGAUGAAGCAGCCCUGGAGGAGCUGACUCAGAAGGUAGCUCAGGAACACAAAAAUCACAGUGGUAUCUCUGCAGCAGAAGCGGAAUUUCUCUACAUCAGCGAAGUCGAACGACUAGAUGGGUUUGGGCAGGAAAGUUUCCCUGUGAAGGACAAUCAAGGAAAUGACAUGCACCUUGGAAUUUUCUGCAUGGGAGUUUUUGUAAAGAACAGAAUGGGAAGGCUCACGGUGAUCUACAGGUGGAAUGAUAUUGGGAAUAUAACCCACAACAAGUCUUCAAUUGCUGUGGAACUGCUCAACAAAGAAGAAACUGUGCUCUUUCAUACGGAUGACCUUGAAAAUGCCAAGUAUAUUUCACGGCUCUUUGCUGCGAAGCACAAGUUUUACAAGCAAAACAAAAUCUGCACAGAACAAUCAAAUUCUCCUCCUCCUAUCAGGCGGCGGCCCACCUGGAGUAGAUCAUCCUUGCCAAGGCAGCACCCAUUUAUUAUGCCACCUAUGCACGUCCAGUGUGGAGAACAUUACACUGAAGCUCACAAUUCACAAGACAGCAUUUUUCAUGGAAAUGAAGAAAUGUUUUACUGCAGAUCUCAGACUAGCUUGGACCGGUGUGCAGUGGACUUCAGCUACUUGAACGGCAAUGUCCCAAAUGGCAGCGUGUGCAGCGCCCAGAGUAUGAACUCUCUCAACCACUCGCAGAAUUUUGUUCAGGCUUCUCCUGUGUCCUCCAACCCCAGUAUCCCAGGAAGUGACAUCAUGAGAGCAGACUAUAUCCCAAGCCAUAGGCACAGUGCAAUCAUUGUACCUUCCUAUAGGCCAACACCAGACUAUGAAACUGUAAUGAGGCAAAUGAAGAGAGGGGUCGUCCAUGCUGACAGCCAAAGCCAGUCCUUGAGGAACCUCAAUAUUGGGAACACUCAUGCCUACAACCAACCCAAAGACCUUGUGUAUAGUCAACCAGAGAUUCGGGAGAGGCCUCCUUAUGCCAUUACAUAUGGGCCUCAAGGCACUUACAAGAAACAUGUGGCGCCCUCUGAGCAAGUGAACCCUGUAAAUGCUGCACAGCCAAAAACAGCAGCCAGUGCCAUUUCCCACACCGUUAGCACACCAGAGCUAGCCAACAUGCAGCAGAGGUGCAGCACGGCACACAUAUUAAAGAACUAUCUUUUCAGGCCCCCACCCCCGUAUCCACGCCCCCGCCCUGCUACCAGCACCCCCGACCUCGCGAGCCACCGCCACAAGUAUGUUAGUGGCAGCAGCCCUGACCUGGUCACUCGGAAGGUCCAGCUUCUGGUGAAGACUUUCCAAGAGGAUAGCUCACCGGUUGUCCACCAGUCUCUUCAGGAAGUUAGCGAGCCCCUUAUGGCGGUCAAACAUCACGUCAACAAGCGCCACAGUUUGGAAGUCAUAAGCAACAUGGUGCGCGGUAUAGAAGCGAUGGCUUUAAAGAGUCUGAAUGCUCCUCUGCCGCGCAGGAAUACUUUACGUGAGCAGGUACAGCCAGAGGAUGUGGUGCAGAGGGGCCAUGAGGUCCAACAGCUCCCUCGCUACCAACACAAGAAGACCUUCUCAGAUGCCACAAUGCUGAUACACAGCAGUGAAAGCGAAGAGGAUGAAGAAGCUUCGGAAUCUGUGCCUUCUAUGGCGGCGCUCCAUGAAAACAUGGAGUACAGCGCUCAGCUGCAAGCUGCCUUGGCUAGAAUACCAAAUAAACCUCCCCCUGAGUAUCCUGGUCCCAGGAAAAGUGUUAGCAACGGAGCCCUGCGGACUGAUCAGAUGAAUGUUUCACUGGCUGUGUCUCGAGCCAAGGCUAUGAGGCCAGGGCCUGCAAAAGCCAUUAGCCUAUCAAGGACUGACCAAGCGGUUGUCAAUGGGUCUUCCCUUGGCCCGUCCAUCUCCGAGCCGGACCUCACAAUUGUCAAGGAAAGAGUCAAGAAAGAGCCGGUGAAGGAGAGGCCUGUGUCUGAAAUGUUUUCAAUUGAAGACAGUAUCAUAGAAAGAGAGAUGCAGUAUCUAGAGAAACAGAAGAUGGCAGGCCUGGAGGCCCAGAAGAGGCCCUUGAUGUUGGCAGCACUCAAUGGUCUCUCAGUCGCUCGAGUUCCAGUGCCUGAGGACAGCCAGGAUGAAGUAGUGAAGGUGCCAAUGGAUGAGCGGUGCAAAAUCUUGAGGAGAAAACUGGAAGAGGGGAUGGUAUUCACUGAAUAUGAGCAGAUUCCAAAGAAGAAGCCAGACGGAGUCUUUACCACAGCAUCACUUCCAGAGAACACGGAGCGUAACCGUGUCCGAGAAGUCAUCCCGUACGAGGAGAACCGCGUGGAGCUCGUCCCAACCAAAGAGAACAACACAGGCUACAUCAAUGCCUCACACAUCAAGGUUACAGUGGGUAGAGAAGAAUGGCGCUACAUAGCCACACAAGGACCUUUGCCACAAACAUGCCAUGAUUUCUGGCAAAUGGUGUGGCAAGAAGGGGUGAAUGUGAUAGCCAUGGUGACAGCAGAGGAGGAAAGAGGACGAACCAAAAGCCAUCGUUACUGGCCGAAACUUGGCUCCAAGCACAGCUCAACUACUUACGGGAAGUUCAAGGUGACCACCAAAUUCCGCACCGAUUCCGGUUGCUAUGCCACGACAGGUCUGAAGGUCAAACACCUGUUGCUGGGUCAGGAGAAAACGGUGUGGCAUUUGCAAUACACCGACUGGCCAGAUCACGGUUGUCCGGAAGAACAAGGCUUUCUCUCCUAUUUGGAAGAGAUCCAGUCUGUGCGCCGCCACACUAACAGCGUUCUGGACAGCAGCAACAAUUGCAACCCCCCAAUUGUAGUGCACUGUAGUGCCGGUGUGGGGAGGACAGGUGUUGUUAUAUUGACAGAACUCAUGAUUAGCUGCUUGGAGCACAAUGAGAGAGUGGAUGUUCCAGUGAUGCUGCAACAUCUGAGGGAGCAGAGAAUGUUCAUGAUCCAAACCAUUGCUCAGUACAAAUUUGUCUAUCAAGUCCUCAUCCUGUUUCUGCAAAACUCCAGACUCAUUUAACAAUUCAGAAGAGGCCCAACAGUUUUCCCCACACUUCACACAUAUAUGCAGGCCUUCUGAAUCUGGCUGAGAAUCACAUCCUCUACGUUGUUGUGGGGUGUUUUCUUUUUUCCUGUAUUUUGUGACAAAUACUUGGAAUCGACAGUGAAGAGACUCUGUUCCUCCUACAGAUUAUUUUAUAUGAGAUAAUUUAUUAUUAUUAUUUUUCCUUGAAAUGAUGUGUGAAUUUUCUUAAUUUGUGAAAUAUGUGAUGAUUUUGGAAUAAUUGAACCACAUUUGACAUGAGUGAUCUUCCUUACAACCUGACUUUAAAUGGGGAGAUGUUCCUAUCUGGCAGUGUUGUCUUGACCUAUGCAUUUCUAUAUGACAUGUGAGGCAGUGGUUAUUUUUAUUCUUUAAUUUGCAGAAAUAACGUUUUGUAACCUGUUUUCAAGGGCUGUAUGACUAGAAGACCAUACUAAAACUAUGGCUUUUGUCUAAAGCUGAAAGCAAAUAUAUUUCUGUAAUACUAUCUGGAGGGAAUAAGCUGUUGCCUUGUGUGAUACGUGCAGUGCAGUUCAGAGAAGCAGCAGACUUUCCAGUCUACUCUAGCGUCCAGGUGUUCAGCAUUGGGCAAGAAUGAUCACAACACUUUGGUAAUGAUUCAAAGCAAUACUUCGACACAUGCAGUUACAAAACAGCUCAGAUGUUGCAGUGGGAUCAGCCAUAGACAUUUUCCUCGUGGGUCCCGGAACCAUCUCAUCAAACUUUUGUCCCACAAAUGGUGUUGAGUCCUGACUCGAGAAAAUCAUCUCACCUGGCUUAGGAAAGAAUCACAUGAGUAGGAACGGACAAAUAAGUCUCUUUCUGACUUGUGUCAGUAUAUAGUAUGUGUUUGGUCAUAGGUCCAUUUCCAAGUUAAUCUGAUUUGUAAAAAAAACCCAAAGUAUCUAAAUAGGUAUUUAAAAGCAUAUUUUAUCACAAAAGAAAUGUAUGGCUUCUAAAUAUAUUUUACCCUAAAAUGCAUACUUUUAAAACAUACUUUGGUAGUUUUUUGAGCAGAGUACUAUAUAGCAGAAUUUAGAGAAGUGCAAAAUCUGAAGAGUAAUUCUGUUCUAAUCCCUGUAUUAGUCCAGGAAGGGCAAAUUAGGUCACUUCACUUUUAAAAAAUGCAGGCAGAAUAAAAUUCUCCUUUAGGGCAAAACAAAGUUGAGCCUAGAAGCCAGAAGCCUGUUCAUCUCUGGUAUAGAGGGUAAGCCACUGUGAAGUUCCUCUGAGCGAGCCAAUUCAAAAAAAUGGGAUUUACAGCUCCCACUCAUCUCAACAGGGCUUGCGGGUGCUAUAAUUAUUUAUGCCAUGAUUCCUACAAUUUGUUCUUAUGGUAAAGAAACAUGAGAAGUUGUCUUACAUUGUGAGUCAGACUCCUGGUCCACCUAGUCCAGUACUGUCUGUUCUGACCGGCAGUGGCUGUUUAAGGACCUCCUGCCAUUCAACUGGAAAACCUGAUGAUUGACCGUGGCAUUUUGUGCAUGAAGAGCAUGUUCUCUGCCACUAAGCUGUGCAUGGCCCCUCCUUAAACGACAUGUUUAUGUUAUUGAACUGUUGCUCUACAACCCUUUUCUUACUUGUUUCCAUGCUUGUAAUUUCAGGCAAUAGUGCUUAAGCAGCUAUUGCUGAGGGUGGGAGGCAGCUAGGGUGGUGGAGCUGAGGCACCCUGGAGGCCACCUACUUACCCAUAUAUCCUUGGGUAUAACAAAAAGCAGGGAUGAAUCCUGGAUUGAAAAAAAAUGAACCAAUCGUAUGCAUUCAGCUGACGAAUGGGUUCAUUUAUUGAUUAAGUGUGCAGGUGAGUGAGAACAGCAUUUCUGAAGGGGAAAGCAUUAAAAAUAAACAGCCCGCAUAUGCCAUAGUGCUUGCUUUCCAUCUACAGCCUUUUAUAAGUACCGUCAUCGUGUUUGUUUUUUUUAAAAAACAUCUCUUGGCAGUUUAAUUAAACAGGACUCUGAUUUUCAGAACAACCCUAUGGAGGGAGGAAGCUCCAUUUACCUUUUGUCUUCCCCCCCCCUUUUCCUUUGUUAGGAUUCUCCCCUUCCAUUGGAAUCAAUGCAAAUGAUUUUUUUUAAUCCCUUAGAAUUUCCCAUGGAAAUCCAGUGGAAGGGAAAAUAACUCUACUGGUGUAGUUCAUUCCCACCCCCAUUGCUGGGGCCCCUCUGGGAAUAAUGGGGCUUUGAAUCUACCAGAUCUAAAUCCUUCCCUGAUCCACCACUGACAUGCCUCUGGAAUGUGACCCCUUUUUGCCCUUGGAGCACCAAGGGCAUUUCAUCAAUGAUGGCAGACCUUUCCGCCAUGGAACUGCAGCUGCGGACCUCCUUUUCAGAUUGCAGAGAGGGAAUAUCCUGUGGCCUCCCAUCCACCCCGCUUGGGAGCUUUAGAUAUCUCCCUAAAAGUGUUUUUAAUCUUAUCUAUUUAUUUGAUGAGUUGAUUAAACUUUGUCCCCCUAAUAAAAAAGGUAAACAACCUUGCUAAAAAAAAAGAUAUUUCAAGUCACCCCAAACGAUUAAGAGAAGAAAGCACAGGGAAAAUCUCUUGCUUACUGGCCUUUAGAAAUCCUCUCACUUCUUUAGUUAACUCCAGUUUUCAGUCCGUCUCCUUGUCGAUGCCAACAUAUCUCUUGUUAAAUUAGCUGCAACCAUUUAAAGUCUUUUAGUGGCAUCUGCAUGAUAAUUGCACAGAGACGUUUUAUAUCUGGGAAGUCGGCCAAGGAAUAAACCUUGAAGCAAAGUGUAUUAAAUUAGUUAUCUCAUUAUAGCUUUUUGAAUAAUUUCCCAAUGAUGAAUUAAGUUUGAACCCAGAGCUGUCAAGUCCCAUUGCUCCAUUUGGCCUGACAGGUACAGAGUAAGAUGGGGAAAAUAAUCUAUUCCAUGGUCCAAUUACUAUGAGAUCUGGGUUGGAAUGGGUAUAUCCCGGGCUUUUCUAGAAGUGUGAAGGCAAAAAACCCAUCUUAUUUAAUAAGCAGGCAUAAUGGAUGCUAAAAGGGAAACAACGAGAAGCUGCUAAGGCUUUUUGCCACUGUGCGCACAUCUUGUACGCAAAAUUGCGAAGAAGAGCCUCCUGCAUCGAGUGAACAAUGCUCACGAGCAAGCCAAAUAGUUAUUAACAUAAUAAGCAACCAUUUUCAUGCUAUUCCUAAAAUGGGCGAUGGUGUUCCAAGUGACUUUCAUCUUUUGAUCAAACUGUAUGUUAAAUUUAGUGUGAUUUUCACAUUAGAUUUGACCUUGACAACUCUGUCAACAUCUUACUUAAAACAAGAGAUCCUUGCAUAUCUUCAAUAAUUCCUUUCUGCCCUUUAUUGUAAUGGUCAUCCCCGUGUCAGUAUUUUUUCCCCUUUUUUAAAUAAUUUGGAGGAUAGGGUGUGAAUUUGCUGUCAUUUGGCAAAGACAAAACUUAAGAUCAAGAUUUUUACUAGGUACUUUGUCAAACCCAUGUUCCCUUUAAGCUCACAUCCAAGGUUGGGAAUGACAGUUUCUGGUCAAAUUUCAUUCAUGUCAGAGUAAAUCAGAGCAGGACUUUUCAGAGGUUCAUUCCCAUUAGUUUGCUACAGUUUGGCUUACCUUGCUUUAUUAACACAAACGUGUUCAGUAGUCCCUAAUCCAGCUAAAGUUAGUUGAAAGCCACAUACCUGUUCAAGAACUCAUACAGAGAGGGCUGAGAGAAGCAAGUGUCAUCAAGAAAGCUUAAUUCUUGCCAAGUCCUCAUCAAACUUGGGAGUUUAAUAUGAACUGUUAUUCACCAAGUAUUUGUAUACAAAGUAAGUAAUGUUUAUAGUAACCCCAUUUCUCCCCGCAAUUUCAUGUUUUAGUAAAUUGCACUGUCUGACAGUUGACAUGUGCAUCCAAACCCCCUGACCUUUCUCUCUGGCUUGGCCAUUGUGGCUUCAUUGGUGAGAGGUUGUAUUAACUGUUAGGAGGCCCUUGUUGACAGCUGAAACAUAUAAGAUGGCAGCAGUAGGUUUGUGCCCUUUCCUAGAUAGGUCCAAUGUAACCACAAUGAUUCAUGUUUUAGUGACAUCCCAGAUUGCCUGACUGUAGCUCUUGGGGGUUACAGCUAGUCCAGAUUACAGAAUGAUGCUGGGAGAGGCCAUAGAGAGCAUGUGAUGCUGAUGUUGAAACAACUACAUUGGCUCUUACUUGGUUUCCUGGCCCAAUUCAAAGUGAUAGUGAUGACCUUUAAAGCCCUAUGUUAUCUGAGACCAGAAUGCCUGAAGACUGCCUUCUGUUAUCUCCUCAUACUUAAACUCUUCAUGAAAAGCCACACUCUGGCUUCUUCCACCAAGUGUACUUAUGGAUUAUCUUCUCCCAUACAAAACAUCAUAGAAGCUGAAAUCAUUUGAACCUAUUUUCUGAGUGCUGGUGUGUUCUAAGUUUGGAUAGGUGGCUACUGUAGAUAGGGGCCUUUUUAUAUGCUUGUAUCCUAAUUAUGAAAUCACUCGGGGCUCUACAUAUGGCACCGUCUUUAUUAUCUUUUAGACACCAGGCAAAAUCUCCUUUAUUCAUCCUUACCUUGGCAGCAUGGAGGCUCCCCAUGCAGUUGAGAACCCUGGAAGAACGUGCAAGAGGCUGGAAUGAGUUCCACAGCCCCAGCGGUAGGCUUUAAUGCACAUUCCUGCAGCCUUAUGAUCCCAUGUUGCAUCUUUGGGCAAUAACGCCCAAAGAGGGCUAAUGUUGGUUGGUUGGUUAUUGGUUUUUAAAAUAUUUUAAAGUUUUAAAUAUUUUGUUCCUGCUGUAUGUUUGUAGACUGGUCCUGACAUAUCUAGCUGUUUUAAACUGCUUUUGUCACCCAACUUUUAUUGGUGUCUUUUAUAGUAGCGUGUUGCAGAUUUUCACAAGUUGCCUUAAAUGCUGUGGUAGGGUAUAUUUUAAAAAACAAAACAAAUAAAUAAAAAUAAAAUGUUGAUAUGAACUCAGGUUCAGAUUCCCCCCCCCCAAAAAAAAUAAUGCCUGAAAAUGAAUUCAUCACUGCCACGGUUCUUCUAAAAUCUCUAUUUUUUUCUGCUGCUAUCCAGUUUUUUAAAGACAUUAAUAAAAACAGAAGAUGCAAGGUAACAAAAGAUUAGCUUGAUGAGAUUACCUCUGAUGGGAACAUUCACUCUUUGUUAUAAACAGGAGUAUUUUGUGGGUAUUUUACAAAACUGUUACAUGUGCAUAUAUUCUGUAUUGCACCUGUAUAAUCAUAUCUGACUUGUGUUAUACAGACUAACACACUAAAUCAGUUUUACAUCACUGGAUUGUUGUUGCUCCUGUUUUACUCCAGUAUUUUUGUGUAUCACCUGGGAUUUGCUUUGUUAACUCAAGUCCAGAGCCAUUAUUAGAAAUAUAUGUAUGUAUAAAUUUUGUAAACAAUUGAGUUCAACUAUUUUUAUCUCCAUUAAUCUGCUAUGACUGCCAUACAACUUUUUGUACUAUUGAAAGCCUUUUUUUAAAAAAAAUCUAUGCAUGCUAUUUUGUACUCUAAUGUAUAUUCAUAUCAGUACAUAAGCUUAUGCUUGUUGGUUUUGUUUUGUAUAGAACCGACUGAAUAUUGACAGUAUUUUUGCACUUUUCCUCUUCCUUCCUGUUUUUAUAAAGAUUUCUCCAGCAUUAAUAAUUGCCAUUUUUUUACACCUUACACUGCUUUUGUAUAAAUAUCUGCCUUUUGCAGUGAAAGUUUUAACUCAAGCUUUGUUUUGUAAAAGACUGUGCUUAGCCUUCAUAUUAUGCAAUAAAACUC